GUGGUGCAGGGUUGGCGGUCCGGCCGGAUGGGCGGUUGAGGAGGGAGCGGAGCAGCCGCGGGGACUUUCUUUCAGGCGGCGAGGCCGCGGAGGGCGCGGGGUGGAGGUACGAGCGCGCGGGAAGGAAUGAAGGACGCACCUGGCAGCUGAGGAUCGUGGCCGUUUCUAGAGGCGCCUGAGCCGCCCCGCGGCGCUAUGGCUCACGUCGGCUCUCGCAAGCGCUCGAGGAGUCGCAGCCGGUCCCGGGGGCGAGGGUCGGAAAAGAAAAGAAAGAAGAGCAGUAAGGACGCCCCGAGAAGCUGCUCGGCUUCUAGAUCCCAAAGCCGCAAGGCCAGCACCACCUCCUCUGGGGCGGAGGCCUCACCUUCUCCCUGCGUCACAGAGAGAAGCAAACACAAGGCCCGGAGGAGACCACGAUCCAGCUCCUCCUCCUCUUCUUCCCGUUCUUCCAGCGGCUCUUCCUCCUCGUCCUCCUCCUCUUCCUCCAGCGAUGGCCGGAAGAAGCGGGGGAAGCACAAGGACAAGAAGAGGAAGAAAAGGAAGAAAAGGAAGAAGAAGCUGAAGAAGAGAGACAAGGAUAAGGCCAAGGUGCGGCAGACCGAGGCUGUGCCCGGACCCUCGCUGGACCAGUGGCACAGAGCAGCCGAGCAGGAAGAGGGUGGCCCAGUCCUGACGGACGAGCAGAAGUCCCGCAUCCAGGCCAUGAAGCCCAUGACCAAGGAGGAGUGGGAUGCCCGGCAGAGCGUCAUCCGCAAGGUGGUGGACCCGGAGACAGGACGCACCAGGCUCAUUAAGGGAGACGGUGAGGUCUUAGAGGAAAUCGUAACCAAGGAACGACACAGAGAGAUCAACAAGCAAGCCACCCGAGGGGAUGGUCUGGCCUUCCAGAUGCGAGCAGGGCUGCUGCCCUGAGGGCCCCACUGGCCAAGGCCUGCACACAGUGUUGGUGGCACAGCCUGAAGGCUGGCCUCAGGGUGGGCAGCAGGGAGCCCGUCGGAUGCUGCUUGUCUCUCUCCUGCAGACCGGCCUCUGGCCCAGCCUCCUGUCAGAUGCAGGGGGUGGAGGUCAGGGUCACUGGCCUAAUUGGCUCCCCUAACUCCUGAAAGAGUGCAGCUUCCCAGAUAUUAAAGGUACCCUGGUUGGAGACUU